CAGCGCCGCGAGCUCUCGCGAGAAGUGCCGCCGCCAUCUUGCUGCCCGCCGCGGGGCCGGGGCUCCUGUUCGGGUCGGCGAGCGAGGGGCUCGGCACCGCGGCCUGCGAGGCUCCUCGCCCCGUGGGGAUCCUUCUCAGAGCCGACGCCCGCCUGGAAGUGGUACAAUGUUUUUAACGAUGGUCCUACUCCGGAAGAGAAUUCCUGGAAAACAAUGGAUUGGAAAAUACAGGCGACCGAGAACAGUGAGCAUGACCAUGAAGCAGGCGAUGAUCCGAAGGCUGGAGAUUGAAGCAGAGAACGAGUACUGGCUGAGCCGCCCGUACCUGACAUGGGAAGAGGAGUACAACCACAACAGAGAAGCAAGACUGGCAAAAUGGGAGGCUUUUAAAGCCCUGAAGUCAUCCAAGUUCCCUGAGCAUAGAUACAUGAGCGAUCACUUGAACCACUUAAAUGUCUCAAAGAAGUGGACAUCUUGAGCAAGGGCGUAUUUGUACUUGGGCUACCGCGAGAUGCAGUAUUGUACCUGUUGUGGCAGCUUUGUAAUACAGCGUAACAAAGGCAGAUGACAAUUGACACUGCUAUGGUGUACAAAAUCUUACAUUAAAAAUAGUCCUACAGA